GCUACCCUGCAAUUUCCCCCCUCAGCUUUCAAGUGGUGGUAAAUAUCUCUUCUGUGCCAGCUGACCAACUUUGGCACGUUUUCUCGUCAGAAUACGCGCAACAUUCCCUAAAGCGCAGCGCCGACAGAAUGACUCUGUUCAUCCGCUGAUGGUGUCCCGGACCGGCAAACUUUCCUUUUCUUUUUUUUUUUUUUUAUUUUAGCAUCUGUGUUUCUUUGAUCUGCGAUGGACAUUAAGGGGACACUUCACGCCUCCGUCUUGCUGACCUGUGUGAUAAUCUGCUGUAACGCGCUGCGUCCCGUCAGUGCGUAUCUCUACAACAACCGCUACGCAGGAGAUCAAGUCUUCAGGAUAACACCGGGUAAUGAGAACGAGGUCCAAGCCCUCAGGAGCAUUCUGGGACGUAUCAAGGUCGACUUCUGGCAGCCGAACGGUGCUUCUCUCAUCCAUCGAAACGCCACUGUGGACGUUCACGUCAAACGCAGCGACACUCAAGGUUUACACGUGCGCCUGAAGCAGGAGAGCAUUGAUUAUCGGGUGUUUAUCUCCAAUCUACAGAAGGAAAUUGAAAAGCAGACGGGAUAUCGCUCCUCUCGCAGGCGGAGGUCAGAGUCUCAGUAUGACUACGAGGUUUACCACUCUCUGGAAGAGAUCCAGAACUGGAUGUUGGAGAUGAACAGAACGCAGCCUGACCUGGUCGACAUGUUCUCCGUGGGGAAGUCUUAUGAAGGACGUCCGCUUUAUGUGCUUCAGCUAGGAAAGAGAAGCCGUCCCCAGAAGAAAGCCGUGUGGAUCGACUGCGGCGUUCACGCCAGGGAGUGGAUCGGACCUGCCUUUUGUCAGUGGUUUGUCAAAGAGGCCAUCGGCUCCUACCAGUACGACUCCGUCAUGACGCGACUCCUCAAUCAGCUCAACUUCUACGUCAUGCCUGUCUUCAACGUGGACGGUUACCGAUUCAGCUGGACCACGGAUCGUUUCUGGAGGAAGACGCGGUCCAAAAAUCACAAGUUCCACUGCAGGGGAGUGGACGCCAACAGAAACUGGAAAGUGAAAUGGUGUGAGGAGGGCGCCUCGUCUCAUCCCUGUGACGACACGUACUGCGGCCCCUUCCCCGAAUCUGAACCUGAGGUCAAGGCCGUGGCGAAGUUCCUGCGCAAACACAAGAAGCGGAUCAAAGCUUACAUCUCCAUCCACGCCUACGCUCAGAUGCUGCUCUACCCGUACUCCUACAAGUACGCCACGAUCCCCAACUUCGACUGUGUGGAGCUGGCAGCUCAUAACGCAGUCACGGCCUUGUAUUCUGCAUACGGAGUGAGAUACCGAUACGGACCGGCCUCCACAACCCUGUACGUCAGCUCGGGCAGCUCCAUCGACUGGGCCUACAGGAACGGGAUCCCCUACGCCUUCGCCUUCGAGCUGAGGGAUACGGGGUACUUCGGCUUCCUGCUGCCUGAAACGCUAAUCAGCCCCACCUGCACGGAGACUAUGAGGGCGGUGAAAGCCAUCGCAUCGGGCCUUCUGAAGAAGUGUGAGACAGACAGGGAAACAUUUCCAUAUAUAUGAAUACACCCUCGGAGUAACUUGCCUUUACACCUAAUAUUCCUCCCAGAUUUCAUAUUCCUCACAGAUGUUAUCGAAUGAGAAGCUGAAAAGGACCAUCAAAGCCUGAAUUUGAAUGAGCUUCCCUUUUUUCUUCUUUUUUUUUUUUUUUUAAUUGAAGGCAUUGACCUUAUUGUGAUGAGAAAUGAUGAUUGGCAGGUUUCUUGUGUCUGGUUUCCUGUGCAGAUGCUGUGUUUUCAGAUAAAAUAACUGACACUCUUCAAAAUAUAUAUUAAAGAAAAAAACAGAAACAUGUACUCAUAGUCGUCAGUGAUUUGCGGUCAUGUGAGCACUUGUGACGGUACAGCAGCACUUUCUGUGAUGAGGUUCCUGACAUUUUAAUGUCACUCAAACUUAUUUUUUAUCAUAAACAUCUUUUUUUACGCAAUUUUUUAAAACAACAGUUUAGAUUUUCAGCUGUAAUGUGAGUGUAUUAAUGCCUUUAUUACUGCAAUUUUCGGUGUACAUAAGCUAUCAGUUGUUUUUAUUUGUUCUGUUUUUUUUUUUGUUUUUUUUUUUUCUGGUUUCCAUUCAGUGAAAUCUGGAGAGAUGCAUCACUUCUGUAGUCUACUGCGUCAUUACUCAGGUGUGAUUAAAUAAACCAUGUCAGAAAUGUUUACUUGUGACACAUCAGGCGUUUAUUAUGGGAAUUUUAAUGAAUGAAUCA